AUGCAAUUCUCCACCGUCGCCAUCUUAGCUUCCGCUGCUUUAGUUUCUGCUACCACUGUCACUGAAACCGAAUCUUCAUCCACUUUAGUUACUAUUACUUCAUGUGGAUCUGAAGUCACUGACUGUCCAGCUGCUUCUACCUCAGCUUCUAACAGCACUGUUGCUCCAUCAAACGUUACCACCUGGGAAAACGGUGCUAACAAGCAAUUCGCCGCUGCCGGUGUUGCCGCUUUAGCUGCUGGUGCUUUAUUAGCUUUAUAA